AUGUCAGCGAAGGCUCUCAGCGAAGACGAAAUCGACAUGCCACCUGAAGAUUCCCACCAUGCGACAAGCAUGACCGACAUGACGGAGAAUAAGGGCAUCCUCGCUGGACAGGAAGAAGAAGCUCAUGGAAAUAAUGGUACGUUGACAUACCCUAGCCCUGACAACAACUCGAAGGCCACUUUCUUUUCACUUCCGCGUGAAUUGAGAGACGAAAUCUACCGCCUGGUCCUACACAAAUACACAGUAUCACAAGACAGGUCUGCAAUGGGCCCCUGCGAAAUUCGGAUACUUCGAACCCCUUCGAUGGUCAAGGUCAAUCAGCAAAUGCGUUAUGAGGCCCUCCUUGUCUUUUACAAAAGCAUAAAAUGGCAGACCGAUCUUUCAGAGACUCUGAUCUCUCCGAGCUUGCCUGCUGGCUUUACUGUAUCGGCGAGGAGAACGUCAAGGUCCUGA